AUGACGAGGAGGAGGGAAGAAGGGCGGCUCAGAGCCCCCUCAGGUUUCCCGCGCGCGGGCCUGCUGUCUGUCUCUUGCAGUGACUCCCCCUUGCCGGUGUCGUCGCGCGUGUGCUUUGUAAAGUUCCACGACCCCGACUCGGCCGUGGUGGCCCAGCACCUGACAAACACUGUGUUCGUUGACAGAGCCCUCAUAGUGGUUCCCUAUGCUGAAGGAGUCAUUCCUGAUGAGACUAAGGCUUUGUCUCUCUUGGCACCAGCUAAUGCCGUGGCAGGGCUGCUGCCCGGGGGGGGCCUGCUGCCCACCCCCAACCCCCUCUCUCAGAUUGGUGCUGUCCCUUUAGCUGCUCUAGGAGCUCCUGCUCUCGACCCUGCCCUUGCUGCUCUUGGGCUUCCUGGAGCAAACCUGAACUCCCAGUCUCUUGCAGCAGAUCAGCUCCUAAAACUGAUGAGCACAGUGGAUCCAAAGUUGAACCAUGUGGCUGCAGGACUUGUGUCCCCCAGUCUGAAAUCAGAUACCUCCAGCAAAGAAAUAGAAGAGGCCAUGAAGAGAGUCAGAGAAGCACAGUCCUUAAUUUCUGCUGCUAUAGAGCCAGACAAAAAAGAUGAAAAACGAAGACAUUCGAGGUCGAGGUCGCGCUCGAGGAGGAGGAGGACACCUUCCUCAUCCAGACACAGACGCUCCAGGAGCAGAUCAAGGAGAAGGUCCCAUUCCAAAUCCAGGAGCAGGAGGAGAUCCAAAAGUCCCAGGAGAAGGAGAUCCCAUUCCAGAGAGAGGAGCAGGAGGUCUCGGAGCACAUCCAAAACCAGGGAUAAAAAAAAGGAAGAGAAAGAAAAGAAACGUUCUAAAACUCCCCCCAAAAGCUACAGCACAACCAGGAGAUCCAGAAGCACAAGCAGGGAGCGGCGGCGCCGGCGGAGCCGGAGCGGGACACGGUCCCCGAAAAAACCCAGGUCUCCCAAACGGAAAAUGUCCCGCUCCCCGUCACCCAGGAGGCAUAAAAAGGAAAAGAAGAAGGAUAAAGACAAGGAGAGGAGCAGAGACGAGAGGGAAAGGUCAACGAGCAAGAAAAAGAAGAGCAAAGACAAGGAGAAGGAUCGAGACCGGAAAUCGGAGAGCGACAAGGACGUGAAAGUCACAAGGGACUACGACGAGGAGGAGCAGGGCUACGACAGCGAGAAGGAGAAGAAGGAGGAGAAGAAGGCGGCGGACGCUCCCUCCCCCAAGGGGAAGGAGGCGGCGGCCGAGAAGGGCAGCGGGGAUCCGGGCAGGGAGUCCAAGGUGAACGGGGACGAUCACCACGAGGAGGACAUGGACAUGAGCGACUGAGCCCGCCCGCAGCCCCGCCCGUGUGAUCCUUUAUGCUGUACUUGUUAAUCCUCAACCUAGAUGUAUCCAGCUCCGAGCUCUCCAUGGUCUGUCCAUCCCGAUACUAACUCACACCCAAAGCUUGAGACAGGGACCCCCCUGCUCCGGGGGCCGGCUGGGGCCGGGCCAGGCUGCAGGUUCCUCCCACAGCAUGGGUGGGGCCCGCCCUCCCUGCUCCCUCCCUGCUCCCUCCCUCGGGAGCGUCCCGGGCUGAGCCAGCAGGGCCAGGAAUGGCCCGGGAGUGUGGGGAGUGUGGCACAGCCCCCCUGUCCUGUGGGAAUGCCCCAGGAGGGUGGCACAGCCCCCCUGUCCUGCAGCCACCCAGGGGCCUCCCAGAGUCAGCCUUGGGUCACAGCAGCUCUUUGUGCUCUUGGCUUUAGUGCUGGGCCUGGUUGGGUUUGGAUUCCCGGUGGGUUUUGGUUGGCUGUGCCCAGGGCUCUGUGCCCCGACCUUCCUGAGGGCUCUGUUUCCACCGUGCCCGUUCAGCUGGGAUGGAAUCCCGAUCUGGGGGAAUCCUGCCCGUGCCCAGUGAGGGAGGGUUGGGGGAGCAGCCUCAGCCAGGGCUGGGGGCUCAGGAGCUCACCCACUGCAGCAGGGAGUGCAUUUUAAAAUGACCUUGGUCUGUUUUUAAAGCAAGUCCAUUGAUAAUGUACUUUUUACUUGAUCUCAAGUUGUACAAACGGAUAAAUUCGUGUUCCUGUCCCGGCCGUUCCCUCCCUCCCGCACUCGGUGAUCCCAUGGUAUUUGCAGAGUAGUUCCCCAAAGCUGUUCCUUAGUUCCAGCAGCUCCAGAGCUUUUACUUUUGUGCAGGUAAAGAGACAAAAGUAGCCGACAGUCUGUGCCAUGUCGAUGUACAGUUUCGGAAAAUGUUUUACAGAACUUUGAUAAUAAAACCCUGAAACUUCA